GGGUUCACUUCCAGGGUGGCAGUAAUGCACCCAUUGGCUUUUCAGCAACUGUCAUUGAAGUUGCGUGAAGAAGAGGUGACAGCGCUUCCGCCAAGAUGGUCGUUGGUGCCUUUCCCAUUGCCAAGCUCCUCUACCUGGGAGUGAGGCAGAUGAGCAAGCCUGUGGCAAAUCGAAUAAAAGCGGGAGCUCGGAAGAGUGAUUUCUUCAGGAACUACGUCUGUCUGCCGCCUGCACAGUUUUACCACUGGAUUGAAAUGAGAACAAAGAUGCGGAUAAUGGGUUUUCGGGGUUCAACCAUUAAGCCUCUGAAUGAAGAAGCAGCUGCAGAGCUGGGUGCAGAGUUGUUGGGAGAAGCAAUCAUCUUUCUCAUCGGAGGUGGUUGCAUGGUGCUAGAAUACACCCGGCAGUCUGUAAACUCUCGCCGCAAAGAGGACGAGUUGAAUGAAACGAUUCGAGACCUGCAAGUUCAGGUGGCGGAACUAUCACUCACCACAGAGACUCUUGAUGCUCGACUGAGAGAGUCCAACCGGCUGCUGCUGGCCAUCCCUGCUGCCACUAACUCUAAAUGAAAAUGUUGGUUCCAUUCUGUUUAGGGCAGCAUUGUUUUGUGGUCAGUGUGUCAAAGAAAAACAGAAUAGCAAUAUGUGACAGCUGUAUGAACAACAUGAGAAUAAACCCUGGCUUUACACACUGUCUCCUAAACCCGUUAAGUUGGGUGGAAGGGGUGGACAUGAGCAUAUCAGUGUGCUGUGGAUUUGUGCGGUUUAUUAACUCAUGUAAUGUUUGGUAAAAGGGAAUCGCUGUGAUAUUCAUAGGGGACUUCCUAAUCCAUUUUUGCAUGUUGAUUUUAGUAAUCAACUGUUGAUAAAGAUUUUCAUGACCCUGAAGUUAAUAUAUUAAGUAUCACUCCUUGUAUAUGACUAUUCUUUUCAAUCAUCCCCUGAAUCCUAAAUUAUGAAAAUACAGAUUGUCAUGUUUUUGGCCUUUUUUCCCCAUCACGAGUGGAUUACAUAGGACUGUAUCAGUAUGUCUUGUAUGUAUAUUUUGAAUCCUCUUUGUGAUUCAGGACAAACUGAGUGUGGUAACAUAAAAAUGUGAUCUCUGUUCAUGAAAUAUGUGCCACACUUAAUUAGUGUUUGUCUUGUGUUUGUCUUGAAGUGUUCUCAUGUUCCUGGGUGUUAUACAGUAUGUGAGUGGUACACUCUACCUUAUGGUCAGUUCCACAUCAUUUUUACAUUCAUGAACAACAAGGCUAGUUCUGUCUGUUUACUAUUUAAGAAAAGUACUAAAGGAGAGUGUCAAUCAUUAUUGGUCUCUGAAAAAGAAAAUAUAUUUUUGGUUCCAUCCAUCCAUUAUCUACCGCUUAUUCCUUUAAAGGGUCACAGUGGGCAAUGAAGUGAAUCUCAGCUGCCAAUGUGUGAGGGCCGGGUACGCACUGGAAAAUUCUCCCAGUCCAUUGCAUAUAGAGACAACCAUUCACGCUCACAUUCACACCUAUAGUGGUUUUACAGUGUCCAACCUAAUCCUCUAAAAAUAUAUAGUAUAUCA